UUCCUGUGUGUUUCUUCUCUACUCUCUUCCUUCUUCACUCUCUCUCUCUCUCUCUCUCUCUCUCUCUCUCUUUUCUGCAUUUUAUUUGAGUUUGAGAUGGCCGAGGAACUGGACGACGGUGAGUUCUGGCUCCCAUCUGAGUUUCUAGCGGACGAUAUUUUCAUGGAGGAGAAGAAAAGGAAGGAAGGGAUCGAGAAUGGGAGCGGCGUCUACUUCCCUUGCGAGUUCCCAUAUGAGUUCGACUCGUUCGGGUCGGCACUGAGUUCUCCAGUCGAGUCGGUAGUUGGGUCGACCGAGACGGAGAGUGACGAGGAGGAUUACAUGGCCGGGUUGUCUCGGCAAAUGGCGCAUUGCAUGCUUCAAGAUGCGGAGAAAAUCUCUUCCCCUGCACAUGGCAAUGAAAAUCCUAAGGUUUCUGAUUAUGCUGGCUUUGCUUGUUUGAAGACAAGGGUUAUGGCUGGUUCACCACAAUCGACCCUUUGUGCGGUUGGCUGCUGGUCAGGACGGAGUCUUGGGUCGAACCGUGGGAACCCGAACGGUACGUCUCAGUUGCCAUCGCCCCCUUCCAAAACGUUCGAUCGAAAGGGCGACGCUUGGGAUUUGCUGUACGCUGCAGCUGGGCAGGUUGUGAGGAUGAGGGUGAAUGAUGAAGGACAGAAAUUCCAUGGCCAAGGGCUUCUGUCCGCCCCAAGAAAACAUAUGGCGCCGGAGAAAUCACCUCCUGUUGGUUUCUAUCCGAAUCAAGCUCUCACUCAGCAGCAGUUGCAAAAUGCUCGGUUUCAGGAGCUGAAGCAACAGCAGCUGUUGAAGCAGCAAGCGGCUGCUGCUUGGGGAAGACAGGGGAAGGCAAUGCCUGCAAUGCAGCAGCAGCAGUUGCAGAACAGUGCAAGAGCUGUUGGGUUUGACAAUGGAAGAUACAUCCGCCCUUUGGGCUUAUCUUCCUCUGCUUGGCCUCCAUUGCAGCAGCAGCGGCAAACUGGUUCAGGAAUGCGGGCGGUUUUUCUUGGUAACUCCGGUUCGAAGCGGGAGUCCUGCGGAACGGGUGUUUUCCUCCCUCGGAGAGCCGGGAACCCUGCUGAGCCACGCAAAAAAACUGCAUGCUCGACGGUUCUCCUUCCAGCCAGAGUUGUCCAAGCACUGAACUUGAAUCUGGACGAGAUGGGAACUGCUCACCCACGCUUUCAAGAAUCCAAUGCAGUAGCUCGAAACAACAUCACCAACAACAACCACCACCACAACAACAACAUGAUUUCUCAGCAAAAACGUAGUAGCAGCAGCAGCAGCAUCAGAUACCAUCCAGCGACCAACCAUGAAAACCUCCUUCCCCAGGAAUGGACAUAUUAACCCCCACCUUUCUUCACUAAUCUCUCUCUUUAUUAACUGAUAUGUUUUUUUUGGAAGAAAGAAAAGCCAAGGGUAGGAAAGGAAAAGAAAGGUUAUAGGUAGAGUAUUAGUAGGUAUUCUUCUUCUCUGUUUGAUUUUUGGGAGAAGAACAAAAGAAGGAAAUGAAAAUGUGUUUUGGUAGGAAAGAGAAGGAAUAAGUCCUGUUUUUGUUGAAGCUGGGAUGGAAUGCUGAAAGAUGGAAAAAGGGGUAUUCAGUGGUGGCUUUUUUGUAAUAAGUAAGCCUAUAUAGUGGUGUUUUCAUUUGCA